CCCGCCGGCCAAGGCGCCUGCCCCGCCGGUUCCGCCCUCGGCGCCAGCAGCAGGUUCCGCAGGGCCUCAGCGCAGGCUGGCCCGGAACAACUCUCUCGACGCUGGGCGUUGCAAGUUGGGCGAUUUGGACUCCAUCGCGCGGCAGUUCUACGAGCUCCUGUCGCCCGAGUCCAAAGCGCGGCUCAUCGUGAACUGCAGUGGGGUGCGCUCCACGUGUGGCACGUUGUGCAGCGGCACGGACGUGUGCUUGGACGUCCUCCGCAGCGUCCUCAAGAUUGGCGGCGGCACCUGCUCGCACAGCUUCAGCUGCGAAAUUCACCCUACCAAGCAGAGGUGGAUCCAGACGAUGACCACUCCGCCCCCUGCCAUGCUCUUCGCGGAUGUCGUGGAGUUCCUCCGCCCCAACAACAAGGCAUAUGACGUCAUCUCGUCCCAGUGCCGGACCAUCCCAGGGACGGACGUGAUGUUCUUGGGGUUCUCGUGCGUCGACCUGUCCCGUAUGAACAAGAACGCGCCGAACUCCAAGGGCUGCGUCAGAGCUGGCUCCCUACGCACAGGGGAAACGUUGAAGGCUGGGCUGGCUUACGUACGGAGGCAUCAGCCUCGUCUCGUUUUCUUUGAAAACGUUGCUGCCAUCGAGGACGCCGAGGUUGCGACGGGCUCGACCAACGCCAUGGACCUCGAGGUAGCCCUCUUGGAGCUCGGAUACAUCCUCACCUCCUCGGUCGUGGACGCGCGGUGGCACGGGUCGCCUCAGAGGAGGACCAGGUGGUGGGCUGUGGCGACCAGGAUGUCCACCGAGCCGCUCACGCAAGCAGACGCGGACAAGCGCGGCCCCAUCAAGGAGAGGUUCUUGCAGACGGUGCGUCGCAUCGAGAUGCAGCCAGCGCGCUUGGGCGACCUCUUGUUGCAGGAGGACAGCGAGCAGCUCCAGUUGUGGCUCGAGGACCCCUGCGGCGAGGACGUCGGGUUCGCUGAGGGCAAGGAGGAUGACGGCUGGGAGGAUACUUGGGAUGGGCCGACAAAGUCGCACAGCGGCAGCGAGAAGACAGUUCCUUGGCCUGAUCUGCACGCAGAGAUGUUUCGCAGCAAGGGUCUGCGGUACCCUCCCGUGAUGAGCCUCCAUUACGACAAGACGGACCUCGGCAUGCUCAAGCUGGUUCCUCAGCGCGCCCGUGAGGUCAUCCUGUAUUUCGAUCUCAUUCUGGGGCGGCUUCCCAAGGGCGGGGACACGGAGAUGGUCAUCGACAUCUCGCAGUCUCUCAACAGGGUCCCUGUGUGCUCUGAUGGCAUCACUUGCAUCACGCCGAAGAGUCUCCCAUGGUUGCGCAGCCGAUUCAGGCCGAUGCAGCCGGCCGAGGUGAUGAGGGCCCAGGGGUUGCCGAUGUACACGUACAAUCAGUUGCACAACUUCAGCCGCAAGGACGUGCGCUGCCUCGCCGGCAACGCGUUCAACGCGCACACCGCCCUCGCAUUCGCGCUGUCGGCGUUCGCCAGCUUCGAGCUCAAGGACUCGGCGUUCCACGAGGCCCACAUCGGGCCCAUCCAGGACAUCAUCAUGGACCGCUCGCUGUCUGGCCAGGGCGAGCGCAUCUGGGACUACAUGGAGAGCGUUGCCGGCUGCCCUCGCCGGCCCAGUUGA